GGCGCGCCGCGUCCAUGGUUUUGGAUGUAGACAAAGAUGGCGGUACGGAAGAAAGACGGCGGCCCGAAUGUAAAAUAUUUCGAAGCGUCUGAUACCGUCUCACAGUUCGACAAUGUCCGAGUCUGGCUGGGCAAAAAUUACAAAAAGUAUAUCCAGGCAGAACCUCCCACCAACAAGUCUUUGUCUAGUCUGGUUGUUCAGCUGCUGCAGUUUCAAGAGGAAGUUUUCGGGCGGCAUGUCAGCAACCCUCCUCUCACCAAGCUACCGAUGAAGAGUUUUCUGGAUUUCAAAGCCGGUGGAGCUUUGUGUCACAUACUUGCUGCUGCUUACAAGUUUAAGAGUGACCAGGGAUGGAGAAGGUUCGACUUCCAGAAUCCUUCUAGAAUGGACAGGAAUGUUGAAAUGUUUAUGACCAUUGAGAAAUCUCUGGUUCAGAAUAACUGUCUGGCUCGGCCUGUGAUCUACCUGAGCUCAGAGAUUGAGCCAAAGCUGCUAGGAAAACUGAAGGACAUCAUUAAGAGACAUCAGGGUUCAGUGACUGAAGAUAAACCAUCCAGUUCUCAUGUAGUGGUGCCUAUUCCUGCCAGUCUGGAGGAUGAGGAGUGGGUCCGUCCUGUUAUGAAGAGAGAUAAACAGAUGUUGCUGCACUGGGGCUACUGGCCUGAUAGUUAUGACACAUGGAUUUCAGCCAGUGAAGUUGAAGCAGUGGUGGAAGAUGCACCCAGUCCAGAGAAACCCAGGAAGGUUCAUGCUAAGUGGAUUCUGGAUUUAGACCAGUAUAACGAAUGGAUGAAUGAGGAAGAUUACGAGGUUGGUGAAGGUGGCACGAGGAGGAAGAGGAUUUCAGCCAAGACUCUGACGGACGAAGUGAGCGCUCCGGAUGAGAGGAGAGAUAAAAAAGCCAGCAAUGCCAAGAAAAGAAAACGCUCCCCCUCUCCAUCUCCUACUCCUCCCCCUCAGGAGAGCAAGAAGAAAAACACAAAGAAAGGACCCACUACUCCCUACACUAAGUCUAAGCGUGGCCAGAGAGAGGAGGAGCAGGAGGAUCUAACUAAAGACGUGGAUGAGCCCUCACCUGUUCCCGCAGCAGAGGAGGGAUCACAGAAUAAAACAGUGACCAAGAAGGACUCAGACUCAACUCCAGUGAAGGGUGGGACUGACGUGGACGAGCAAGAGGAUGAGUCUAUGGAGACUGUGGGAAAGGAGGAGGAAGAGGGUUCCCCCAGUGUGAAAGGAGAGCCAGUGAAGGGUUCUGAUCUCCAUGAGGAUAACGUAACAGAGCAAACUCACCAUAUCAUUAUCCCCAGCUACGCUGCCUGGUUCGACUACAACAGUGUUCAUGCUAUAGAGCGCAGAGCUCUGCCAGAGUUCUUUAAUGGGAAGAACAAGUCGAAGACCCCUGAAAUUUAUCUGGCCUACCGUAACUUCAUGAUUGACACAUACCGACUGAAUCCGCAGGAGUAUUUGACCUCCACAGCUUGCCGUAGGAAUCUGGCUGGAGAUGUGUGUGCUAUCAUGAGGGUUCAUGCUUUUCUGGAGCAGUGGGGUUUGAUUAAUUAUCAGGUUGAUUCAGAGAGCCGCCCUACUCCAAUGGGACCACCACCCACAUCCCACUUCCACGUGCUGGCAGACACACCGUCUAGCCUGGUACCCCUACAGCCUAAAGCUUCUCAGACUCCAUCCUCCCAGCAGAUGCUGUCUUUCCCAGACAAAGUAAAGGACAAACCAACAGAUUUGCAGAACUUUGGUUUGCGGACAGACAUGUACAGCAAAAAGAGCGGAUCUGCAAAGGGCAAAAACGCAGCCAGUGCUACACGAGAAUGGACUGAACAGGAGACUCUGCUUCUAUUGGAGGGUCUGGAAAUGUACAAGGAUGACUGGAACAAGGUUUCGGAGCACGUGGGCAGUCGCACGCAAGAUGAGUGUAUUCUCCACUUCCUGCGGCUGCCUAUCGAGGACCCUUACCUGGAGGAUAGCUCCUCCACCCUCGGCCCGUUAGCCUAUCAGCCGGUUCCAUUCAGCCAGGCUGGAAACCCCGUCAUGAGCACCGUGGCCUUCCUCGCUUCAGUAGUCGACCCACGAGUGGCCUCCGCUGCAGCCAAGUCUGCUUUAGAGGAGUUCUCUCGUAUGAAGGAAGAAGUGCCAGCAGCGCUGGUGGAGGCUCAUGUGCGUCGGGUGGAGGAAGCAGCCAGAGUAAGCGGCAGACCAGAUCCUCUCUACGGCCUGGAGGGCAGUGGCAUUGCCGGCACCGGCCUGGAGGACUCAGAGAAGCCUGCAGAGGAAAGCAGUGAGGAGAGCAAGAGCAGCGAUGGCCAACCCAGUGAGGAGAAGAGAGAAAGUAAGGAGGGUAAAGAUGGAGCGAGUGAAGAGGAGGAGAAGCAAGCAGAGAAUGGGAAGAAAGAGGAAGAAAGAGCAAGAGAAGGAGAGACGGAACGAGAGGCUGAGAAGACAGACUCAGAGAUGGAUCUUUCUUUAGGUGAUGCAGAGAAGGAGAAGGAAGGGAAGGAGGGAUCAGAGGAAGGCCAGAGGGAAGGAGAGAGUGAGGGAGAGAGAAAAGCCAAGGUGGAGAGAGAUGUUGGGGAAGGGAAUCUGGCCACUGCAGCUGCUUCUGCCCUGGCUGCUGCUGCUGUAAAAGCAAAGCACUUGGCUGCAGUGGAGGAGAGGAAGAUUAAGUCACUGGUGGCUCUGCUGGUGGAAACUCAGAUGAAGAAGCUGGAGAUCAAACUGAGGCACUUUGAGGAGCUGGAGACUAUCAUGGAUCGUGAGAGAGAAGCGUUGGAGUACCAGAGGCAGCAGCUCCUUGCAGAUCGUCAGUCGUUCCAUAUGGAGCAGCUGAAGUAUGCAGAGAUGAGAGCCCGGCAGCAGCAUUUCCAGCAAAUCCAGCACCAGCACCAUAGCAACCAGCCUGGAAACCAGCCUGCCAGUGCUCCUCCUGCUCCCCAACCGUCAACUCCCAACACUAGUGCCCCAGCAGCCACACCCAGCCCUGCCCCAGCAACCACUACCAAUGCCCCCAGCGAAGCCCCGCUCCCCACAGCCUCUCAUACUUCUCCACCCAACAACACACAGACUGGAGCAGCACAGGACUCCAGCACUCCACUAGCAGGGGAUUCCCUCCAUCCCAAUGCCCCGGUGCCCCCAUCACAAUAAGCAAGCAGUGAGUUUGAGGAAUAUAAGGCAGUGGAUGGAAAGAGAUAGAGAAAGAGACGAGAUUGAGACAGGGAAACAAAGGGAAGUAAAUUGUCGUUUUUAAUCUUUAACUUUGUUUUUGGGAGAGAAAAUGUAGUUCUCUGUAAACAAAAAGAUAAAUUGCCAAAAUUACUGAUUCAGUGUUUGACAAGAAAAGCCCACCUGAAUCUGUGCAGCCUUAGAGACCUGUUUGGACCAACCCCUGUUAUACAGCCAGAGAAGAAACAAACACAAACCACACAAACUUCUGACUUAAACAUAUCAAAAAACACAAACACUGACAGACAGACAGACAGAGAGACAGACAGACAGGCAGAAUGGAGAUGAACAGUAUUCUUUAACCUUAUGUUUGCAUCAGAACACCAGAAGCAGUAUUGAAGGUCCUUUCGGGAUUUGUAGACAGGCUCCAGCCUCUUCUCGGUUAAUGUUUACUGACCACUACAACAAGCUACAAGCUACAGAAUCCACAAUCCAGAGGUAACUGUCAUCUAAACACAGUGUAGGUACUUAUGCCUGUAAACAAAACAAAAAGCUGCACUUUUUAGAAUGUUUCCCUGUUUUUACUUUUGGAGACAAGAAGUCAGAUUUGACCUGAAGCACUUAAAAGUCCUUUAAGCAGUCUCCUUUCUCUCACUUAAUCUUUGUAUUUGUUGAAAUAGAAGACCUCCAUUUGGAACGAAAUUGAAAAGAAACUUGACUUUGUAUUUGUUACUCUGUAUGUGUGACUGUUGGUUUUACUCUUGGGAAAAUGUGAAAGCUUUAGUGGGUUGGCCUGUUGUGCUUACUUUAUUUUUUACGUACAAGUAACCUUUAGCAUGACGGAAGAAAAAAAAUGAGGGCAAAAAAAUAGCAGUGAAGAUGUUUUGCCUUGUAUGAAACUUGUCUUUGACUGUAGAUGAAAAACCAUGUACUGUAAACUUGGAGAGUCUGUUAUAAGCUUGUAACCUUUCCACUCUUUAAGUAUGUGUGUGUUUGUUUGCAGUUAGCAGCAUACUGUAAGAGGCGACUCUGUCUGCAGUCUCUUUCACCCCAGUUUAAAACAAUGAGCGUUUUAAUGUCUUUAUAGUGUUUUUCUUUUUUAAGAUCAACUGUCUUGCUUUAUAUGGUCAGCCUAGACGACUGGUUUGGGUUUCGAGUUCACCAGUUCAUUGCCAAUAGUGAAUUGACAGACUUGACCACGUGUGUGAACAGCAGGGGAUAUUUCUGGUUCUGGAUUGGGUCAGUGGAGAUGUGUGUGGAUUGUGUAUGAUACAAGAAAACAGGUAGAAUUAGUCCAUCUGUAAUCAGAAGUGUUUUAACAUAAAAAGCCCAUAUCACACCAUAUAUUUCAUUUACUGAAGCUCAGAAUGUGUGUUUGUAAGUGUGUGUGUGUGAAUGAUUGUGUCUGUUGAAUGCCAGGCCAAACCCACAGCUAAAUGAAGCAUGGCUAAAUGAAGGAGAAAAGCCUUUUGAUUUCAUUACCUGACGACUAUCUAAACAGGACUAUCUAAACAAGGGAUUUCAGCGUUACAUUUGCAGUUGUAUUCUGUGUAUCUUCAUAUUGUAUCCUUCCUAUUUUUGUAUUUUUAUAUGUUUUCUUUCACUAUUAUCAUGAUUGCAGUAUUGCUGUUAACAUACUGUAUGUAACUCUGCUCUCUUUCUCAUUGUGAACAUACUUGUGUUUCUAAUUUGUUGAUUUGUGAAAGUGUCACUCUGUACCAUGAGACUGGACCGGUGGGUGUGCAUUAGCCUGGAAUUAUUUGCCACGCAUUUUUUUUUUAUUUCAGGACGUUUUCACACCUGUAGUUGCUUUGCUCUGAUCUGUUAACAAAUUAGUAAACUUUGACCAUUUUUUAGUUUAGUUUUGUUUGUUUUUACCAAAAUGUGUCACAGCUGAAAAUGCAAGAAGGUUUUCUCCAUUUAAUAAGCAGAGAGAACAUUCUCACAUGGUAUGUUGUGGUGUAUUAUAAUGUGCAUGCAGAGCACACCUGAUGGUUGGUUUGAUUCGAGGUCAUAUCAUGUUCUCACCACAAACAAACCACACUUUGUCCUUUAAGGAACGGAACCGAGACCAACAUCUCCUAUUAGUAUCAGUACUGUUGUUUUGAUUUGAAUCCAGGUUUAAUCGCUGUGUUCACACCUGCUCAAAUGAAUUGCACCAAUUUAAAAGUCUGAAUAACCGGACUAAAAACUGCAAGUGUGAAAACACCCUAAAAUCCUCUGCCUUUUAUGUGCCAUGUGUUUUUCAUAUGCAGAUGCUGGUAACUCACUGCUAAACUUUGUACUGUAAAAGCAGUAAACGCCACAGCCAGUAUCAGACUCCAGUUUUUUCCACUGUAAUUCUGUUUACAUCACGCAUGCAUGUUAACACUCACAUUUGCAGUAAUCAAUCAAACGUUUUACACACACCACAGGCCUCAUUACCAGUGUUACAUAUGUAAUAUGCCAAACUCUUUCAGAUCACCGGCUGUCUCUUUCUGUCUUUUCCAUUGUGUGACACAAGUGAUAUAUUAAAUAGUCAGUCUGUAUGUUUCUUUUCUCUUCAUUCGGUUUGUCUUUUUAAGCGAUGGUGCGAAGCGUUGGAGAGAAUUGCGUGUACAGUGUUCAGAUGCUUUUGGAUGUGUGUCCUUUGCUCACUUGUUGCAGGUUAAUGGGUCAACACCUGCUUGCUCAACAGACUGGAUAGAAAGAAUGCAUCAGUUUUAGUUUCCGAAAUACAUCCAUAAGUCUUGAACAAUAAAAAAAACUGUCAUCAAUGAUGAA